AUGUCAGGCCCACUACACCUGCAGAGGGCUCAUCAGUGUCAGGCCCACUACACCUGCAGAGGGUUAAUCAGUGUUAGGCCCACUACACCUGCAGAGGGCUCAUCAGUGUCAGGCUCACUACACCUGCAGAGGGCUCAUCAAUGUCAGGCCCACUACACCUGCAGAGGGCUCAUCAAUGUCAGGCCCACUACACCUGCAGAGGGCUCAUCAGUGUCAGGCCCACUACACAUGCAGAGGGCUCAUCAGUGUCAGGCCCACUACACCUGCAGAGGGCUCAUCAGUGUCAGGCCCACUACACCUGCAGAGGGCUCAUCAGUGUCAGGCCCACUACACCUGCAGAGGGCUCAUCAAUGUCAGGCCCACUACACCUGCAGAGGGCUCAUCAAUGUCAGGCCCACUACACCUGUAGAGGGCUCAUCAGUGUCAGGCCCACUACACCUGCAGAGGGCUCAUCAGUGUCAGGCCCACUACACCUGCAGAGGGCUCAUCAAUGUCAGGCCCACUACACCUGCAGAGGGCACUACACCUGCAGAGGGACACUACACCUGCAGAGGGACACUACACCUGCAGAGGGCUCAUCAAUGUCAGGCCCACUACACCUGCAGAGGGCUCAUCAGUGUCAGGCCCACUACACCUGCAGAGGGCUCAUCAGUGUUAGGCCCACUACACCUGCAGAGGGCUCAUCAGUGUCAGGCCCACUACACCUGCAGAGGGCUAGUCAGCACCUAG